UAUCGAUACUUGAUUAUAUCAUUUGUUAAUACAGUAUAUCAUAGUCUUCUCACCUGCUUGCAGUUCUUUUCCCUUUAAACACCAAAUGCAAUAAGAUACUUCAUUAAGACGAUAAGUUACAAGAAGCGUGUAAAAGCAAAAUAUUUAUCUUGUAUUUCCCCUUAAACCUUGCAACCUUUAGGUGUUUGCAUUUUCAAAAUUUCUUUUGUUAAAUAAAUAAUAAAAAAGCGAAGGACCUCUGAAAAAAAUAUAUAUAUUUUAUAUAUAUAUACACACGUAUUUGGUAAAAUUUUUUAACAGUUAAAAAAUGGGUCUUACUUAUCGUACGUAUUUGAAUGGUAACCGCAUUUUUGGAUGCAGUAAAUGCCGAACUCACUUAUCCACGACCGACAGUAUUAUUUCAAAGCAAUUUCAAGGUCAACAUGGGCGUGCUUAUCUCUUUGAGACUGUAGUUAAUGUUGAGGAAGGACCUUCCGAAGACCGCCAUAUGACUACUGGUUUACAUACUGUUAAGGAUAUCCAUUGUUCCCGCUGUCGAUCUGUGCUGGGAUGGAAAUACGAAAGAGCGUAUGAGCAGAAUCAACGUUACAAAGAAGGAAAAUAUAUUCUGGAGAAGCAACUACUCACCGAUGUCAAUUGAUGAAUAAAGUUAAAUAAGUGUUAUUUUACAAACAGCUAUUUUGAUUAACAAAAGAAAUACUAUGACUUUACAUUAAUUCAAGUAAUUUAUGCUCUCUAACUUGGAUAACCUUAACCUUUGGCCUACUGUGAAAUAGUUUAUACCCAACCCCUUAUUUUUGUUAUAUCUCUUCUUGUGCAUAUAUGCUAAUUUCCCCAUUUUUUCCUUUAAUUCCAAUUAAUUAGAUGAACUGAUCAGUCGGUUUUUUUUUUUUUUACUUUCCUCCUUUUUGUUAUGUAUACUGUAUUCUAAGUAGUUAAUAUAAAUUUUAUUGAUUUUUUGUUUACAUUCCCUUUAUAAUAUGGGCCUUGGGUUCGGUUAGAAAAGGCUGAGAGCUUUUAAG